AUGACUAUGACGGACCAAACACCCGACGUGGAAGCGCGUGUGCACAUCGCCAAGAAGUCCAUGUGGCAGUCUAUCUUCGAUAACCCUAAAGUUCUUCUAAUUGCCUUUUUUGCUUCAUUUGGUGGUUUUGAAUAUGGCUACCAACAAGGUGUCCUUGGCCAAUCCCUGGUCAUGACCCGAUUUACAGAGAACUUCCCAACAGUAGUCGCAUCUUCAACAGCCACCGGUUGGUUGACUUCAGUGCUUCAAUUGGGCGGUAUCGUUGGCUCUCUCGCAGCCGGUAUUCUCGGCGAAAUCUUCUCGCGCAAGUACACCAUGUUUUUCGCCUGCUGCUGGGUUAUCCUCGGCAGUUACCUGUACGUCGGCGCAACAGCUGGCAACCCAUCUCUUCUGUACGCUGGCCGAUUCUUCACUGGUCUAGGCGUUGGUCUAUUUAGCGGUGUUGGACCGCUGUACAAUGCUGAACUUGCCGCACCCGAGAUGCGCGGUCUGCUGGUUUCCUUCUACCAAUUCGCUACGAUUCUCGGUAUCAUGAUUUCUUUCUGGGUUGGUUACGGAAGCAACAACAUUGGUGGCACAGGCGAGACUCAGUCAGAUCUGGCGUGGCGUCUACCUUCUAUCAUCCAGGGUAUUCCAGCUGUUGCGCUUGCUUGUGGAAUCUGGUUUAUGCCUUUCUCGCCUAGAUGGCUUGUCAAGCAGGGCCGUGAUCAGGAGGCACAGGAAACUCUCGCUUGGAUGCGCAAACUCCCUGUUGAGCAUGAGCUUGUUCAGGUGGAGUACCUUGAGAUCAAGGCCGAGGCUGUCUUUGAAGAGCGUGCAUUUGCCAAGGCUUCCCCUAAGCUCGCAGAUCGCGAGAAGAAGAGUGUUUUCAUGAACCAGAUUGCGCAGUAUGCCAACUGCUUCCGGAGUAUGGAUAACUUCAAGCGUGUUUGCAUCGCUUGGUUGGUUAUGUUCUUCCAGCAGUGGAGUGGUAUUGAUGCCAUCAUCUACUAUGCCUCUAAUGUCUUUGUCAGUCUCGGUCUGACUGGCGGUACCAUUGCUCUUCUGGCAACCGGUGUCACCGGUGUCGUCUUCAUCAUCAGUACCGUACCCGGAAUGUUGGUCAUCGACAAAAUCGGCCGCAAACCCAUGCUGCUGGGCGGAUCCCUCGUUAUGUUCGCUAGCAUGGUGAUCGUCGGUGUGAUCGUGGCCAAGUUCCAACACGAUUGGCCUGGUCAUGUCGCGGCUGGCUGGACUGCCGUUGCCCUCAUCUGGCUCUACAUCGCCGGCUUCGGCGCCACCUGGGGCCCUGUCUCAUGGACCCUCGUCUCUGAAAUCUUCCCACUCUCCAUCCGCGCCAAGGGUGCCUCGAUCGGCGCAUUUAGCAACUGGAUCAACAAUUUUGCCAUUGCUUUCUUCGUUCCGCCUAUGCUCAAAGCCUGGGAAUGGGGAACUUACAUCUUCUUCGCGGGAUUCUUGGCUGUCGGUAUUGCCUGGGUCUGGUUCUUCCUUCCUGAAACCAAGGGCGCAUCCCUAGAAGAGAUGGAUCGUGUGUUUAAUAGCAAGGCUGGGGAGCAAGAUGCGGAACUCCUCCGCGAAGCACAGCGAGACGUUGGUCUGACCUCUUUCCUUGAGCGUAUGAGAUCGGCUACUGGUCGGGAUCUGGAGAAGUUGGAGGGCUCCCAGUAUAUCGAGAAGCUUUGA